CGGUGUUAAAUGUGUCAUAGAAACAACAUGGCGGUCAGGGCAAGUGUGAAAGCGGUGACCUCUCGGAGACUGAGACUACCGACCAGAGCAGCCCUGGUGCUAACCUCAUCUGCUGUCAACAGAAUUAAAAGUCUUCUACAAGAGAGACCAGAAUGUGUUGGUUUGAAGGUAGGAGUCCGCACACGUGGCUGCAGUGGUCUGUCAUAUGUCAUAGAGUAUGCAACGGAGAAGGGAAAGUUUGAUGAAGAAGUUAAUCAAGAUGGUGUACGUGUCUUCGUUGACCAGAAAGCACAGUUAACCCUACUUGGAACUGAAAUGGAUUUUAUUGAAUCAAAACUCUCUAGUGAAUUUGUUUUUAAUAACCCAAAUAUUAAGGGAACAUGUGGAUGUGGUGAAAGUUUUACAGUAUAAAUUAAAUAUUUAAAAUAUAAGCAAUAUGGGAUUAUAUAGAUUUAUUUUGAAAUUCACAGAAGAGUUGGCUAAGUGGUUGAGAGCCUUGCAGUUCUUUUGGAAAGAACAGGUGUAAUGGGACAUUUGGGAUUAUUCCACGAGGAGUCAGUGUAUACGUUAGUCUGAACAACCUCCAUCCGUGCUGAGAGAUAAACUGUCUCAAAAUCAUACAGAUGAACAUAUUGUCGUAAAGUCUUGAAGCAAAGCUAUUUGAUAUUUACACCAUUUGCCAAGAUAUGGCUCAUCAUUACUGCUUAAAGCCCUUGCAAUGUAUAAACCAAGUAGAAUUUUGCCCUUGAAGGUAUUCAAUUGAAUUGUGCAUUUGUUCUAAGUAACAACCCUGUGUGUAAAUAUUUGAUUUAUGCUGCUAUCUUGCUAAAUCAGUUAGAGGCAAUGUGCUUAACAAUUGAAUCAUUGUAUUCAACUUUGGGGGAAAAUCUUUAAGUAGUUCCAAAUCAUGGAGUGUACCUGUGAAUUAGGAAGUACUUUACUCAUUGAUUCACAGCUGGACAUUCAGAAACCACACAACUUUGACUUAAGGGAUGAGAUUUAUUUGGAAAUGCCUUAUUGUCUAAUAAAAUGGGCCAUUGCAAUUUGAGCUUAGUGCAAUGUGGGAAUGUUCAUUCAUUCAAAUUUGUAAUAAAAGAAAUAUUCUGUAAAAAAUUUUUGUAGAAUAAAAUUUAACUUGCCAUCUGAAAGCUACAAAUUUCACUAAUUUACUGCAUCUUUUAAUAUUUUAGGACUUUGAGGAUAAAAUUUUACAAAGAAGGUCAAGACUAGAAUGAAGAUUUAGCUCCACACUAAUCAGGAUUUGAUUUUUUUUCACUCACAUGUGCAUACCCACAUAUGAUAAUGAAGCAGUUGAAUCAGGUCGAAAUUGAAGGUUUUAUAAUAACUUCUAUUGGGCACUAACAAUAGUUAUUUAAUUUGAAAUGAAUAUUCCUAAGUAUGUUUUUUUUCCGCUAGGAUAGUAAUUUCCCACCAUUCUAUUCACUUCACAGAACACAAAUCAGGUCUGUGCUGUAAUUUGCAUUCAUCAUCGGACUUCGAAGAAAACUUCCCACAAUGUUCAAAUGAUAUGCUAUAGCUGGCUACUGCUAUCAAGUCAAUUCAAGUGGAGGCCUAGUGUGCAGAGUUUGAAAGUUUAAUUUUCAGCUUGCUGAAAGAACUUGAAAGAUCCAAGACUAAGACAAAUGCUGAAACACAAGUUUGCAGUUAUUAUAGCUCAAUACACCUCAUGCAAAUACCAUUCUCUAAUGUACCUUAGAAAAAUCUGCAAAUUUUAUAAUCAGUGAGGUCAUCCCUUUCCAACUCCCAAACUGACUGAUUCAUCUGCUUUACUUAAUGUUUCAUUGAACAACUGUUUUGAUUCCCCACUGCCCCCCCCCCCCAAAAUAAGUUGCUUCGAGAACCUAUGGAUCCAAGCUAUGAACUAUAAUCUGGAGCAAAAUUUGGAACAAUGUCAAUCUCAGUCCUACUUCUCUCUCUCUUUCACUAGUACGAGGAUAAUUUUUUCAGCAUGCUGCUUGUCCUGGUCUAAGCUAAGAAAAAAAUCAUUACUUUUGCUGCUAAUUUCCAUUUUGCACCAGGGUUCCCUCCCUUAAUUACUAUUUUAGCGUAUGGUCUACUGAUGAGUAUGCCCUAAGACAAGUUUCCUUGUCUACACUUCCCUCCAUCCAGCCUUUUGAAAGGACUCAAUUGGAUUCUUCCAUUACCAAAAUCUGAGGAAAAAGUCCUUAAUCUCUAGUUAACUGGUUGUCACACAUUUCCAACAUCUUCUGCCCUAAUUUCAAAAUGCAUCUCCAUUAGUUCUGGCAAUGAUUGUGUUCCUUUUCAUCUCGUAUUUUUUUUGUUUUAGCAUGCUGCUUGGUAUUGAGGCUUAUCCAGUCACUUAAAAACAACAUUCCCAGAAUUAUGCUAAUGAAAAAAAUAAUUAGUUAAGUAAAUGCACCCAAACUGUAAAUCAGUGGCAACUUUAUUAGGUACAACUGCUUGUUAAUGCAAAUUUGUGUUCAGCCAGUCAUGUGGCAGCACCUCAUGCAGACAUGGUCAGGGGUUCAGUUGUUGUUCAGACCAAGUGACUUUGACUGUAGAAUGAAUGCUAGUGCAAGAUGGAGUGGUUUAAGUAUCUCAGAAAUUGCUGAUCUGGGAUUUUCACACACAAGUCUCUAGAGUUUACAAAAAAUGGUAUGAAAAACAGAACUAAAAUCCAGUGAACACCUUGCGAAUGAGAGAGGUUAGCAGAGAAUGGCCAGACUUAUAUUGGGAGUUGGUCAGCACUUAUCUUACAAAGCACCUUUAACUGUUUUUACAAUGUUGACUGUGGGUAGCGCUUAUCAAAAAUGAGUUCACUUUGCACAGAAAUGAACAGGAGAUCAAUAACGUGAA